AAAAUAAUAAUUCCACUUUAAAAUGAAAGCCUGUUAGAUUAACUAUUUUUGUUGUUGUUGUUGGUUUUUUUUUUCCAGUGGUUUAAAAGCAGCUUGCUAGUAAAACGACGUAUUGUGUGGGCUGAAAAUGAGAUGGCUUUUCAAAACAGCUACAAUCCAUUAGAAAGCUCUAUAUCCCAAUACAACACUUUACCCCUUCUUUCUCUCUCUCCUUGCCCUAUGCGCUGUCAGCUAUAAACAAGAAGCUCUUGUGCGGAGAUCUUGCGCGCGAACAGAGAUUCAUGAUUUGUGCAAAUCAACAGAAAGGAACUUUCUCAUCCCCAGAGCCUCCGUUUCUUUUGGUCACGUGGUGAGAAUGGGAAAAGGAGAGAAAAGAUUUUCGCCCUGUCUAAUUUGAGUUCGGUCUUCUUUCUAGCAUGGCAGUGGUUAAAAACUAUUAAACCUACCGGUACUUGAAAACUGAAGCACUUAUCUUAUCCACCUAAAAUGUAAAAUGUAAUGUUGCGUAGGGGUUACAUAUUUUAAAGAAAAACCGUUUUUGUAUUAUAGCUGCGGAAAACAGAAAAAAGUGUGCAUUACAAGACGUCGUGUUGAGUGCGUGAAGAAACUUGAAUCUCAGACCAGGCAAUCCUUUGCAAAACCAAAAAAAAAGCGGCAGUGUCCAACCUUGUGGGAAGUUGUCCUCCCUCGCAAAUUACAUUUUUCUUAGAUGGAAUCACGUAUAUGCUUAACAGUAGACAUUGCAAAAGUCUUUUUCCUAUUUGUCUGAUAUAUAUUCAAUCGUCCCACGCUUGCGCGGCCUCUGAUCUCAAGUGUACUACACUUGAGAUCAGAGCGAUUGGAAUGUCCAGUAUCGAGAAUAUGCGUGAUUCCAUCAAGUCGAACCUCUGUCCUCCCGCGCAAAUUUUGUUCCCCUCUGGGCAAUCGGAAAGAACUUACCACGUUUGUAAUGCUUUGUGGUAUUUUAAAAUUAAUAGAAUGUCGAGGAACGUCUGGGAAAAGGCUUCCACGCAGUUUCCUUUUGUAUUAAAAGUGCGGCAAUUUUAAUAGAAUGCUAUUUAUAGUCAAAGCUGGAGGCAAUAGAAAGUUCUUUUACUGAUAACGGGCGGAAAACGGAGGCGAAACUUACAUGACCUGAGCCAAUUACUAGAUAAAUUGAUUUCCGACUGUAUCGUGAAAAAUUGUACAAUACUUCUCAAUGUUUAUUGUCCAAACGCCCGCAUUAAGUCGGGCACGCGCCGACUACAAUUUGCAACCGGCACUGUCUGGUCCUGUUUGUGGUAGCCCGAUAAACAGCGCAAUGUUUUGAGGCUGAGGGAAAACCCUCUUAUUUCAAAUUAGGUCCCUUCGUUUUGCAGCAAAUAAACUGAGGCGAGCUAGAACUCUUUACCGCCUGAUUGAAACGCGAAACAUUCACACGGCAUAGAUGUUGAGGAUUUAGCCGAAGGGUCGGAAACAGUCAAGAGUGAUAAGAAACAAACAGCAAUGUACAAUGCAUGUAUUAAUAUUUCCCCCCUCGUCAAGUGAGAUGAUAGUAUAAAGUACAAUCUUUCAAUUAGAGUGUCAUAGUUUGGAUAUGGAGUCAUGUCUAAUUUUAGCAAUGACUCGGUGGAAAGAUAGUUAUUAUGAAGUCAGAAUUAGCUGGGGGAUUCCCCAAUACGUACACUUGUUUUUCUGGUUCACCAGCUCCGUUUCCGCCAGAUCAUAGAUUCGCUCCGUUUCUUUUUUGGAAUCAUCUGCUGAACAUCAAACCAAAAUACAGUACAGCUCCCAUGUUUUUCCGAUUUCUGUAGCGAUUGCCAAACGAUAGCUUAUAUGGCACCGUGAAGAAGUGUAAGGGUAGAAAUGGUAACAAAAUAGGAUUUAUAGGCAAAGCUAUUAUUAAAAGAAUAAACAAAGCUAAAAUAACUUUAAGAUUAUUUUAUACCCGCUCCAAAUUUAGAAUGCAAAAACGUGAAAAAAUCCAAACUUCUCCGCACUGUUGUCAAGGUAACCGGUCGAAUGUCAACUUUCUAAAGCACCGAAAGUUCAUUGCCAACCUUUGUACCAAUCAAACACCUUACGUCAGUCACGUGAUGAAAUAGUGCAACCGCGCCCGCCUCGGGACUCCUCCAUUUUGAACCAGCUUUCUUAGAAUUUUCAAAAUAUUCAGGUUGAUUGUUUAUGCGAGAUGAUUACGGACGAGUGCAGCGAUUUUCCUGCCACUUCGUUUUUAAAAUCCUACUGGAGUCUCUGAUAUUAUACACAGAUAUAUAGAAGAAGGUACAGAGUAUAAUAUCUGUAAACGGUUUGUUCUGAGCCGAUGCAAAUGCCUAGUGUUACGCGACUGCAAAACGAAGGGAUGGAAACAUUUACGGGGAGAAAUUCUCCGUUGACGAAGCUCUUAAGCGGCGACUUUUGCACAACGUUAUAUGACUACGAUGCUGUAGAUGACGACGAACUAACAUUCAGAGCAAGCGAUCGCAUUGAAAUUUUAUCGAAGGAUCCCGAAGUUAGCGGCGAUGACGGGUGGUGGGUAGGGCGAGUGGAAGGACAAGCACGAAUUGGCUUGUUUCCUUCGAACUAUAUCACGACAGAUGCCAAAAGGACAAGUUUGAGCGAACCACUGGAGAUUGAUUUCGAUGAAAUCGACCUGAUAGAUGUGAUCGGUGUCGGAGCGUUCGGCAAAGUGUAUCGCGCUGUUUGGAAUGAUCAGGAAGUUGCCGUGAAAGUCGCUCGCACCGAAAACUACCAAGACUACAGCGAAAUCGUCGAGGAUGUCACGAAAGAAGCCAAACUGUUUUCCAUUUUCAGACAUCGUAAUAUUGUUGGUUUAUUUGGUGUUUGUUUAAAGGAACCCAACUUUUGUUUGGUUCUAGAAUAUGCUCGCGGCGGUGCGCUCUCGCGUGUUCUAAGCACUCAUGGCCGAACUAUACCUCCAUCUGUUCUGCUGGACUGGGCUAUCCAGAUUGCUCGUGGUAUGUAUUACCUACAUAAUGAAGCGCCACUGAGCAUUAUCCACAGAGAUCUCAAGUCUGGAAACAUUUUACUCCUGAAUAAAAUUGAAGAUGGCAACUUUGAAAAUGUGUUGAAAAUAACAGACUUUGGACUGGCCAGAGAAAUAGUGACUACAACACGAAUGAGUGCAGCAGGGACAUAUGCCUGGAUGGCACCAGAAGUUAUCAGAACUAACACGUUUUCUAAAGCUAGUGAUGUGUGGAGUUUUGGUGUAGUUUUGUGGGAACUGCUGACGGGACAAGUACCAUACAGGGAUGUAGAAGCUCUGGCUGUAGCUUAUGGUGUGGCAAUGAACAGCUUGACUUUGCCAAUACCUAGCACAUGUCCUGACUUUUUCAAAGACUUAAUGAAAGAUUGUUGGCAGCAGGAUCCCCACAAGCGACCUUCCUUUCAGGGAAUUUUGGAAGAUCUGGAGGAAAUCUCAGAUUCUUCAUUUGCACAAGAUGAUCAGAAUUCAUUCCGCACACUGCAGGAGGGGUGGCAAACAGAAAUUGAACAGAUAUUUGAUGAACUGCGAGAGAAGGAGAAGGAACUGUCAUCUCGAGAGGAUGAACUCAGACAGAUACAGAUGGCACAAGAGGUACAUGCCGAGAGUUUGAAAAAGAGAGAAGAAGAGCUGGCUCAAAGGGAAAUGCUGCUUCUUGGAAGAGAGAUCAGCAUGCUAAUACAGCAACAAAAACUGCUGAAACCUUCCCCAAAAAAGCGGAAAGGACAUUUUUUCAAGCUGAGGUUUGGGAGUGGAAGAAAAAUCAGUGCUCCAACAGGGUUCCAGCACAGGUUUACCAUCACGUCAGAUAUCUUUGACUCAAACCCAGCGCUAGCAGAAGGCGUCAGUACUCCAACACCGCCAUCACCAGCUGUACAUCAGAGAUUCAGACUUUUGUCAUUUGAUGAAGCUGGCGAGGUUCCUGUGAGUCCCCCGGAUAAGAACCAAAAGAUUCGUACCUGGGGACCCAGCUCUGUGCAUCAACGAGACCGAGAGAAAAGCAGAAGGGUGAAAGCAAAGGAUCGCUUUAUGGCUGAGAGGUGUAAUUCUGUGCCAAACCUGGGGACACAGGUUAAUCAAAAUGGUGGUGUUAAUGGUAAAUACGUAACAGCAGAUAACAGUCCCGUGUCUACACCAAAGUCGUCUCAGAAAACAAAAUCGAAGCACCGCUGCGAGGUGGCUGUGUGUAGCGUAGGUAUAAUGGCAGCCGUGGUCGCGCUGGGAGCCGAUUUGGGGCAGUCUGCAAAAGAUCUUCGUCCUGAUUUGCUGAGAAUGUCUUCCAAAUCAGACAAGCACAAAUCACCAAAUUCCAAACGGCGGCACGACGUUGGGAAUUCGAACCGACGGUCUUGGUUUAGUUCUGUUUCAAAUGAAGAUACCGCUGUUAACUCAGAUUCGACAACACCCGUAGCGAGCCCGCGGGAUUUGGAAUUCACGGGUAACCACCCGCCAUCGGACAUUGGUCUUCUUCGAGGCCCAAAUAAACGGCCUCUUUCAACUCCAGUUUUGCUGAAGGCGACUUUUUAUCACGAGAGUCAACCACCUUCUACCUACGUUGAACCGGACUCGAGACAACGAUCCUCAUCUACGACAUCUUCUGUUACAUUAUCGCCCGAACUGGGUAAUAAGGUACUUAUUGACUUGACAAGUGGACGGCGUGAUCGUAGGUCAAAGUCUAUGGACUCGAGUGAACUCGACAGAAUAAACAUUUCAAACGAAAGUUUUUCUUCGGAUGACUUUUCCGGCAAAACCGUUGUGAACUGCAAUCGUUAUUCGCAGGAAUUGCAAGACUUGGACAUUUUUAAAAUCCCACCCCCUCCCUUCUCGCCAAGAGGGACGAGCUCCCCCAGGCCGGACUGUAACAGCACGGACGGUGGCCCCACUGCGAAGUUUAAUUUUCAAGUGGGGGAGGUGAAGGGAGCCGCUAGGCCUCGCCCCAGGCCCUGGCAGGACAGUCUUAGUCCCUCACCUUCGUCUUCGGAUCAAAGUCCAACAAGCGAACAAGAUAAGUUGACACUGUUGGACGUGCACAUGGAGGGAGAGUCACAUGAUACGACCCAGCCAUUGCUGAAGUCCGAUACGGUCAUAAGGGUGCCAACGUGCGAGGAACUUGAAAAGGAAUUUGGUACCAGUUAAUACAUUUAACUAGUCCUUAAUAUAGAGAAUUAUUUGAAUGUAGUCAUGUUACGGCAAACCAGCGUCAUUUUACGGUAAUCUUCGCAAGCGCACCUGUUGAGUGCGCGAUUCUUGUUGUCCAAUCAUAUUACUCAAACUAACUUGUAAGUCCUUUCAAGUAUGCCCCGUGACCUUGUCAUUAGUAAUCGUCACGUUUAUAAGCAACCGCUCUUAGAUAAAAGAGUUUGUACACUUGUAAAGCAAUGUUCAGUGUGACACAAACUGGAAAUCAGAGAAUUUUACCCACGACCUGUUUAUCUAACGGCGAUCUAAUCAUGAGUUUGUGGGCUCGAAAUCCGCCGGGUAUCUUAAGUUUUUUGUUUGCCCCGUUUUCUAGUCUAGUCAUUUCCAGCACUCAAAGUAACUACAGAGUUAAUUCUCUGGUCUCCAGUGUUCUCACAUAAACUGAAGACGCAACUAAAAACCGCAGCUGUUUUAUUUUUAUUUAUUUAUUUUUUAAUGAAGAGGGGUGCAUUUUCUUGUCAACUCUGAAAAGUGAGGUCACGGAAAAAGUAAACUGGUCGCCCAAGCCGGGAAAAUUAAUCAUUCUGACCUUGUCAACGGAGAGAAAUCUGGCGCAGCUAACACUGUGCAAGUCCUCGACGAGAAGAAUAUCUGCCAGCAAUGUAGAGGACUGAAUUUGUGUCAAAUUUAGCUUGUGUUCAGACUAAAAUUGAAAGGGAGAAUUGGUUUUGAGGUAAGUCGGACGAGAGAAGACGCUGGAGAAACCUUAAACACGCUUUAAGCCAAAAUAAGUUAGUACUUCAUUUUUAGAGUUUUCUUUAAAAUGCGCCCCAAAUAUGACUAAUUCGAUAACGUGCCAGCUCCUCUGCAAGCUCCGAAUAUUACAUUAAUUCUGAUAGUUAGCGUCAUUCUUUUCAUUUUGUAUUGCCGUAAUGAUUCGAUGCAGCGUCCUCCUUCCAAUAAGCGCCCCCCUUUGUGAUGAGCGCUCCUCACUGAGUGCUGUUCUUUUAAAUAAGCGCCCUUAUUCCGAUAAGAGUCCCCUUCCAAUGAUCGCCCCUAUAUCGAAAGUGAAUUUAAGACAUUGACAUGGAAUAGACUGAUUAGAUGGAUGAAUUAUGAAGUCUGCUUUCUGAUCUGAACGUAAUAUUGAACUUUAUAACUAUCAGCCUCAGUAAAGUUCUUGAGUCAAAGUAUCUGUUGUUUUUCAUUAAAGAAUUAAACAACAUUCAGAUGGAAAUGUCCAAAAAAUAGGCGAUUCCAGUAAGCGCCCCCAGUAAGUUCCCCAAGUAAGCGUAACCAUCUCCAGCAAGCGCCUUCUCUCCACUAAGCGCCCUCUCUUAAGGUACCAAAAGUAAAUGAGCGUACCGAGCGCUGAAUCGAAUCAUUACGGUGGCACGUCAGAAAAAUCUCCCCUAGUUGCUAAUUUUCUUCUUGACCAUCAACGUCACAGUACAACGGCGGCGUUGAUAGGAGAAUUUCCAUGUUCACUUUCAACAUUAGUGCAGCUUUAAUUAAUCAUAGGGCUGAUUGCGACUUCACCAUCCAUUUUCAGUGUCAAUGUCGGUAAUGGAAUUCACGUUCCUUGAGAUUGGAAAUUCUCUGCUAAAUUUAACUACUCAAAAGCUUUAGCUGAGGGAAAAUCGUCAGAUAUUUGUAAGAUCGUUUGCUCACUCUCAAAUGUUAGCCUCAGACAUCUAAAAGGCGGUGAUCGUCAUCGAGUCCAUGGGCUAGGUCGCGCUAUUUGAAUAUAUUGUGGUCAUACAGUGGACUGAAAACGGUAACAAAUUAGCAAAAUUACCCCAAAACAGUGACAUAUGAAUUAGUCUGCCGUUUGUGUGAAAGUGCACGAGUCGUGAUAUACCGAAAAUUAUUUAUUAAUGCUUAUGUUUUCAUAGCUCUUGAUUGAGUAAAAGAUGCAGAUAGUCGCCAGUAAUAGUGUGACUUAGCCCUUUUAAUAUCACAAUUGAAUUUUAUGUUAAUUUACGACUCUUGUACAUGAAUAAUGCUUUCAGUUAGCAAAUGCUUCGCCACUCGAUUUGAAUACUCCUAAGAUGAAAUCAUUUUAAUACACAACCUAAAUAGAACGCACUUGGUGUUUCGUAACCACUCAUAAAGAACCUCCAGUGACGUCAACUUUUUAGUUUAAGUCUGUACUUUGUAAGAAUUAUACAAAUUAUUUACCUGAAUACUUGCGAAUGGAUUUCACUUCUCAAAGCGAACCCUUACGAAUAAUUUGAUUUCUGCUUUUUGUAUCAAACAAGUGAUUCUAAGAAUAGAAACGUUAUGAUAUUCAAAUGAAAUUUUUUGGCCAGGAAAAUGACUUUCUUGUACAAAUUGUUUUCCCCAUUGUACAAUACGCUAUCGAUCAUCAAGUCUGUUUUCUCCGGGUGAGAAAUUGUCACAAAUUUACCGCAAUUUAUUGUUUUGUCAGACGUGUACUUCAAGGUUUUAAGAGGCAAGCUCGGAGCUCUCUUUCGUCAAAAGAGCGCCCGUGAUUUAAUAGUUGUAUACGCAAAAAAAAGACGACUAAUAUAUUUAGCGCAGAGGAAUGAAUGUUCUUAUGGAACAUCGUUUAAUAAAGAAACGGAAAAUAACUUGAA